AUGGCGCUGAAGAAGGAGGGAGACAUCGCGCCGAAUCCUGCUGACACAAGUGUUGUGGUCGUUGCAGACACAGGGAACAAUGCUCUGCGACUUGUUGCGCUGGGCAGGCAAGGCGGACCACUUGUCGAGGGGAUCUGCACGAAGAGCUUCGCAGCCAGCGCUUCAUGGCUCCACCCCAAGGGCAUCUGCCCUCUCCCCAGCGGCCUCCUCGUGUGCGACUCGGGUCAUCACCGCAUACGAUCCGUCUCCUACGAUGGAGAGCGGGUGGUCGCUUUCGCAGGAAGCGGAAAGCGUGGCCACAGAGACGGCCCGGUGCAGGUCGCGCAGUUCGACACUCCCUGCAGCAUCUGCGUCUGCCCUAGCGACAAGUCGAUCAUCGUAGCUGACUCAGGAAACAAUGCCGUGAGGAGGAUCGCCAACGGCAUGGUGACGACACUAGCCGGGGGCAGUGGACCGGACCGGGCAGGAGGGUUUGUGGACGGCGAGUCGGAGGGAGCCAAGUUCAGGAGGCCGACGUUCGUCAUGUUUGAUAAGGAGGAGACUCUGCUCGUGAUUGACUCGGGGAAUCACUGCCUGCGCGUCAUGUCGCCCGACUGGAAAGAAGUGAGGACGCUGGCAGGAGGGCCCAAGGCUGGUGGAACAGAUGGAGCCGUCGACACUUGUGAACUGAACCACCCGGAGGCGAGCUGCCUGCUGGAGGAUGGGAGCAUACUGAUUGCAGACAGAGAAAACAACAAGAUUCGGAGGCUGGACGGAGACUUGCGGAGCCUGAGCUCAUGGGCGGGGAACGGAUGCUGGGGAGCCACUGACGGCCUGAUCGAAGAGAGUACAUUCAACAAGCCCUGCGGGGUUUGCUGCCUUGAAGAUGGGACGAUCGUGAUAUCGGACUCGGGCAACAACUGCAUUCGCCUCGUG